CAUUGGACAUCACAUUACGGAGUGAGACGCACCGACCUAGAACCAGGUCGGUGAUCGAGUUGGGCGUGCCAUGUUCAUACUGAUAUCUAUUGCCACUCCUCUUUCCGGCGCUUUCGUUGUUUCCGCAUCGUUAGACGGCCGUGUGCGUCUUUGGCAACUCCGGGUCCAUUGCCAUCCGCCGGCACGUCAAUUUAGCAUGAUGUCGAAUGCCGGUCAAAUCAUUGUGAAGCCUGUGGUUGACUGUAAGCCAGCCCCGUCUUUGAUGCACUUUCAUGGUGACCGCCAUACCCCAAUAGCUACGCUCGCCGAUUUCGAUUGUAUUUUCAACAGCAAUGCGCGCGGGACGUUCCUGUGCUUGUGUAUUGCAGCUAAGGUUAUAAUCAAGCGGGGGACGUGGUGGGAGGAUAAUCAACGCGUCGUCGGUAUCAGGGAAGAGAGGGAUACCGUUGACCAGCAUUUACUGUACUUGGUGUGUAGCCAAGAGAUUUUAUUACCCCAUUUCAUUUUCUGUUCUUGCGUUUCACCGAGUGAAUUCGGGUCACACGGCAUCACCGUAAACACCUACGUGCCUGGGCCAGUCGAUACGCGUCUCCUGUAAGUAUUACACCGCUCCACAUGCAUGGACAAGCUCCGUUCUUUCUAGUGAUAGUGCUGCACGCGGAGAUCUCUCUGUUAUGUAGCACGCUAGGUUGUAAAGUACUACACCUGCGGGAUCCAAUGUCGUGAUAUCAGAUGCAGGCUGGCAAUGCCAUUGAUAAUGGCCUGUCCCAAAUCUCCUCUCGCAAUCUAGAACCAU